GACGAUUGAUGACUGGGAGUCCACAGAUGGGAAGGUGGAACACGUUUUUAGUGUUUUUAAUUUUUUUGCAUCUUUCGGCAGCUGCAAAUGCUGAAAAAUACUAUGCUAAAAACCCUAUAAAGUUUACUCCAAAGCCAUUAUGUUUUGGUAAUCAUGUUGUUGAAAUCAUUGUUAAGUGUUGUUGCAGUUUGUCUCCAAACCGUCUGCUCAGCUGACACUCAUGUUGACAGCCAACCCCACAGCGAGCUGUUCUACUUGGUGGCAUUGAAACUUCCUUCCAACGCUCCGACCUCCGCCGCAUCCGAUUUCUCAGUCCAAACCAGUGGCUUUCAGUACGUGGUGUAUGAUUCCGAUUGGGAUUUAGUGGUUAAUCUGAGUGUGGACUCAACCAAAUAUAACGUUACUGGAGUAAUUAACGGAGAUUUAAGUUUGUCAGUGGCCAAGUACCCUGGAGCCUUUUUGGCGGUGCAGACCCAUCUUGAAGUGACCAACAAUUGGUCAGACUCAGCGGGGCACUUUUCUAUUCAUUUCGGGAAUUUGUUGUUUGACAACAGUAACAAUUGGGUCAUCUGCCAGGAUGCCACAAGAAAUAAGAAUGUGUUGGUGCCUAAGCAGGAGUUGGACCCCAGCUCUUGUGACUGCACCACCGAUGUGGUGGUGAGAGCCUAUAGUUAUACGGCUGAUGGAGGUCUUCCCGACUUUCCACUCCAUAAGUGAUAUGUAUUUAAAAAACGCUUUCUUAUUCUCCCGCAGACGUUCCCUCCGAUCAUGCACCCUAAUUCGGCUGGGGGUAAUCAAAAGUUCCGAACCUGCCCCACCUGACGAAAUCGUUAUGCACCUCUGAAACCACUAAACGGUCAACAUCUUUGUCACACUACCAGGUGUACGGGGCUUUGGAGUACUGUAUGAGCAGUUACGUAAUGACACAGAAAACGGUUCCGCCUCAGUCACCAGUUAGAGUUAGCAAGCAGAGACGGCCGGAUAAACUAUAUGCAGAUGGCUAUUGUGCGGCCAAGUUAUGGGAACCGAGCAUUUUGGCCCUGUUAACCUCCCUAGGAUUUUUGUGAGGCCAUUCGUAUCAACAUGGCGUAUGGAGUGGCCGAAGUAAACCGCACAAUAGGGGGAUCUCCCCUCCAUUAAAGUUUACUGUUCUUAUGCACUCUUUUUUUCACAGCAAUUAUACUUGUGCGUGAAACGCUUGCACCCUGAAACACUUUAUUUAUAUAUAUGGCAGCAAACUACACCCGGAAUAUCCCCGAGCAUUUAUAAACGCCUCAGAGCCUCCCCC